AUGGGGACUCCAAAAGAACACAUAGAGCAGAUAAGAAAAACGACAUUCUCGAUAGGAGGAGAAAAGAACCCUUUGGCUCCUAUGCUGGAUCAGGCUGUCAAGUUUCUCUCUGCUGAACUCUACGCUAAAGAUGUCCACUUUCUCAUGGAACUCAUUCAGAAUGCAGAAGACAAUGAGUACUUGGAAGGUGUAGACCCUUCGCUAGAGUUCGUCAUAACAUCUCGGGACAUAACAGCCACUGGUGCACCAGCCACUCUGCUGAUUUUCAAUAGCGAGAAGGGUUUUUCUGCUAAAAACAUAGAGUCCAUUUGCAGUGUUGGGAAUUCCACUAAGAAAGGCAACAGGAAACGUGGUUAUAUUGGGGAGAAAGGAAUCGGGUUCAAGAGUGUGUUUCUGAUCACUCCUCAGCCUAUCAUAUUCAGCAACGGCUAUCAGAUACGUUUCAAUGAAAAGCCUUGUCCCCAUUGCAAUCUUGGAUACAUUGUUCCUGAAUGGGUUGAGGAGAAUCCAUCUCUUUCUGACAUAAAACAAAUAUAUGGUUCUGGUUCAACCCUUCCAACAACAACUAUAGUCUUGCCCCUGAAGCCUGACAAGGUGAAGCCUGUGAAGCAGCAGCUGUCAAGCAUUCAUCCUGAAGUCCUUCUAUUUCUUUCGAAGAUAAAAAGCCUUUCUGUCAGGGAGGAGAAUGAGGGUCCUGAGCCUAAUACAGUUAGUGCAAUAGCUAUUACAAAAGAGACUAAUUUCAGGACAAGGAAGAGCAUGGAUGCCGAGUCCUACACACUCCAUCUGUCUGCAGAGGAAAACAGUGCUGGUGAGGUAGAUGGAGAAUGCAGCUAUUUUAUGUGGAAACAGAAGUUUCCAGUGCAACAAGAAAACAAAGUCGAGAAGAGAAUGGAAGUGGACGAUUGGGUAAUCACUCUGGCUUUUCCUAAUGGAGAGCGUCUCCAUCGAGGAAUGAGCUUGCCUGGAAUCUAUGCAUUUCUUCCUACGGAGAUGGUCACAAAUUUCCCCUUCAUAAUUCAAGCAGAUUUUAUUCUGGCAUCUUCUAGGGAAACAAUACUUUUGGAUGACAAAUGGAAUCAAGGGAUUCUUGAUUGUGUGCCGCUUGCUUUUGUCAAUGCUUUAGUCUCGCUAGUCAAAAUGACAGAAGAUGCACCAGUGUCUAGUCUGCCUCGAAUGUUCCAGUUCUUGCCAAUCGAAAGCUCUCACUAUCCAGCAUUUAAUGCAGUGAGAGAAUCAAUCAAAGCAGAGCUGGCUGAAGAAGAAAUUGUUCCAAGAGAGUCUUCCACAGCGCAGAAGUUCUUUCACAAACCACGGGAAAUUGGUCGAAUAAUGCCUGCAUUCUGGGGUAUACUGAACAAGGCAAGGAAGGAAGGGGUGGGUUUGCAUAAUCUUUCAUCCCAUGGCAUGUAUGUUCUGAGCUCUUACUUUGAUGAACCAGAGUAUGAUUCAGUACUCGAUUUCUUGGGUGUGGGACCUGUGAAAAAUGAAUGGUAUGCAAGGUGCAUUCGGAGUUCUAAUCUCUUAAUGGGUGUCUCAGAAGAUGUUUAUCUGCAAAUUCUUCUUUUUGUGGCCGAUAAUUGGCGUACGAAGUUUUGCAACACCAGCAUGGGCAAAAUUCCACUUAUAAAAUAUGCAGAUCGUGAUGGUAGAGUGUCUUUGUGCAGAAUCAACGAAUCAGCUCAGCGGAACAGUGAGAGGUUGUUGUGUCGAUCACAUCAUACUCGUUGUAUAUCUUGGUUGAUUGAUUGGAACAAGGAAUUUGGAUUUGUUGGAAAUCGUUUUUUCCUGCCGAAAAGCACACAGGAAGCGAUCGAUUCAUUUUCUAAGAAGGAGACCAUCCUGCAAUGGCUUAGAGUUGAGGUGAAAGUUUCUGAGAUAAAGUUGCACAGCUAUGCAGAAAUGGUAGCUAAUCACCUCAAUGAUAAUCGGAAGAACACCAUCGCCUAUGCUUGCUUCCUAUACGAGUCAUUUGCUCGGCGUUAUCUGAAUGGAGAGGCGAUUGAUUCUUUGUGUGGUAAAAUGCCGCUAGUAGAUAGCUAUGGUCAUGUGACCAAAGAAAGGAGUGGAGUUCUUGUCCCUGCGAAUGGAAGCAAAUGGGUGGAGUUGAUUGGCUCUAAUCCUUGGAGGGAAGAAAACUACAUUGAGCUCGGGGAAGACUACUUGUAUCCUGCAUGUUUCGCCGGAACAAGCACAUCAGGAGAACAAUUUAUGGAGUUCCUUAUUACUCAUGUAAAAGCUUCUGAUAUUCCAAACAUAUAUCCCCCCAAUGCUGGAAUACCUACCGUGUCCGGGCCACUCAUAAUACAGAAUGCAUAUCUGUUGCUGGAUUGGAUUCGUGAGCUAGGACGCAGAGGAAUUAGCAUUCCAGAAAAGUUCUUAACUUGCAUAAAGGAAGGUAGCUGGCUGAAAAUUACUGUUAAUGAUUCUCCAGGUCACAGACCACCAUCACAGUCAUUCCUACUUGCUUCAGAUGGUGGAAAUUCAAACUGGGGAACAAUUUUGCAGAAUGGAACUGAGCUGGUGGAUAUCCCAAUAGUCGACCAGAGUUUUUACGGUGAUAAGAUUAAUGAGUACAAGGAGGAGCUAAAGACAAUUGGAGUCAUGUUCGAAUAUGGUGAAGCAUGCCGAUUUAUUGGAAAUCAUCUGCUGUCUCUUGCUGCUUCAUCCACUUUGUCUAGAAGCAGUGUGAUAUCGAUGCUCAAUUUCAUCAAAUUUUUGAAGCAAAAUUUUCUUUCUCCCGAUGAUUUUGUUAGCAGAAUUAAAGAAGGCAGAUGGCUAAGAACUUCCCGUGGGAGAAGGUCUCCAAUUGGAUCUGUGCUGUACAAUGAAGAGUGGAAAAUUGCAAGGCAACUAAGUACAAUACCCUUCAUUGAUGAAGAUUAUUAUGGUGAAGAAAUUCAUUGUUUCAAACCAGAGCUUCAGUUGCUUGGUAUCAUAGUUGACUUCAAUGGAAGUUACCAGAUGGUUGUUGACAACUUAUUGUUUACAAAUUCAACUUCUCUGACAGCGGAGUCUCUUUUGUUUAUAUUAGAUUGCAUGCAUCAUUCAACAUCUUCUUGCAAAGUUGCCAAUGCUCUCCAAAGCGUGAGAUGUUUGAAGACAAAUAUUGGUUACAAAUUGCCAGCUGAUUGUUUCUUUUCUGAUCCUGAAUGGGGCUGCCUUCUAAAGGUUUUUAAUAACGUCCCAUUGAUUGAUCAUAAUCUCUAUGAAAGCCGCUUCACCACUCGCAAAAAUGAGUUGAAGCAGCUGGGAGUAAAGGUAGAUUUUGAGGAGGCUGUCAAGGUGUUUGUCCGCUCUUUUGAACGACAGGCAUCGUUUUCUUCCAUUACAAAAGAAAAUGUUAUUUCGUUCCUGUCAUGCUACAGAAAGCUAAAGGAAACUUCUCAUAAAUUCCCUCCAGCUCAGAAGAAGUGCAUCCGUGAAGUGAAAUGGUUGAGGACUCGGCUCGGUGAUUAUAGGUGUCCAAGAAACUGCAUUCUGUAUGGUCCUGAAUGGGAGUCAAUCUGUGCAGUUACUCUCCUUCCGUUCAUUGAUGAUAGGGACAGCUUCUACGGGAAGGGCAUUCGUGAGUAUGAAAAGGAGCUGAAGCAGAUGGGAGUUGUUGUUGAAGUUAAAGCUGGUGUGAAGCUUGUGGCUGCUGGUCUUUAUUUUCCUCUGAAUCCUUGUCACAUAACUCCUGAGAAUGUGUUCUCUUUGCUGGAGUGCAUCCGAAUUUUAUUGCAAGAGAAGGAUUACUCCUUUCCAGACACUUUUCUGAAAAAUGUUCAUCAAGAGUGGUUAAAGACCCAUGUCGGCUACAGAACUCCAGACAACUGCUGCUUGUUUGAUUCCAAAUGGGGUUUAUAUGUGAAGAACACCGACGGACCUUUCAUUGAUGAAGAGUUUUAUGGUUCUAACAUCACAUCAUAUAGGGAAGAGCUGAGCUCUAUAGGAGUUACUGUUGAAGUAGAAAAAGGAUGCUCAUUGCUAGCCAGUAACUUAUAUCACCAUUCGGAAUUUUCCACUAUUGUUCGAAUAUACAACUUUUUGAGCGAACAUAGGUGGAAGCCAGAAAGUGACGCAACUAGAAAGAUUUGGAUUCCUGAUGGAAAGAAGUAUGUUUAUUUUUUGGAGGACUACUAUGAUCCAAACUUGCUUUGUUUCUUCUCCAAAUCAUUUGAUGUCCCUUCUAAUCCUUCUCUUGAUGCUCACUGCAAGCUUUGGAAGGUUUGGGAAACUUCAGGACACCAAUUAUCACAUGCUCAGUGUUGUGCAUUCUGGGAGUGUGUGUUGAGUCAAUGGAGCUCAAAGGUGGAGAGAACUCUUGCUGAUGGCUUAAUGAAAUUGCCUGUUCAUUCUGGCUGUGGAGAAAUUUUGUUGUUCGACAAGGAUGAUGUUUUUGUAGCUGAUGACCUUCUUCUGAAGGAACUUUUUGAAAAGCUUUCCCCUCGCCCAGUACUGGUCUGGUAUCCUCAGCCGAGCUCGCCUUCUUUGCCCCGAAGCAAGUUGCUUGAAAUAUACAGUAAAAUUGGGGUUCGCACAAUUUCUGAAUCAGCGCAGAAGGAAGAACUGUCCUUGACAGAUGGGGUAAAACUCAAACGGGUGAAUCCAAGAGGCCUUUUUAUCGGAAAAGAGCUGGUUCGGCUCGUUCUUGGCUUUUUAGCUGGUCCUUCUUUAAAAAUGGAAGUGAGAAAGAGGCAUGAAGCUGUCCAGUGUCUCCUCAACAUCACUGCCCUAGUGACUGCGGAGCCAAUUACUGUAAGCUAUAGUUUGUCACUGUCUUCAGGGGAGAUUGUGAAAGUGAGAGCUGAUCGAAUGAUUCGUUGGGAUAGGAAGAGUUCAAAGUUUUUUACCCAGAAGCCCGACAAGACUGGUGGACCCAAAAUUCGCAUGGAGUAUGCCACAUAUUUCUCCGAAGCCAUAGCUGAGGGCAUUUUGUGGGAUAAAGAAGAUCAUAUAAAUGCACUCUCUGAGCUGAUCAAGUUCGCUGUCCUGGUCAGUUUCAAUGAAGAAGCAGUUCAGUUCUUAAUGAAGUCCAAGAAUCUGCAAAUUUUUGAGGAGGAUGAGGAAUUCAUGUCUGCUGCUUUCCCUGAGUAG